GGAGCCAGUUCUUAUCAGCUCAGGAGAUCUAAUUAUUGUCAUCUCUUCCCAACCCCAUAAUUGGUUUCGUGCUUGUAGCUUGAAAUUGGCCAUGAUAGGAAUAUUUACAGAAGCCAAACAAUACAAAUCAGCCCCUCCCCCCAAACUGGUUGUUACACAUUUACCAGUGUACUACUGAUGUAGGUAGUAGAAACCAGGAGAGUGAAUUCUCUCCCGUUGUACCCCUACUGGCCAUUUGGGCCCGAUUCAAGAAGCCUCAAGGGCUUCACAGACACUACGAUGUUUAUGGCUGGAAUGCGGGGGAGGGCUCUGAGUUCUGGAGAGAGGCGGAUUCGGAGAAAGGUUGAGUGAAGAGUGAGUGACAAAGCUACGGAUAACUUAGGUCUCAGCUGGGAAGAUAAAAUGAGAGAGGUGUCGGAUGAAAGGGCUCCCUUCCCUGGCGUCUCUAGCCGAUUCCCGCCACGCUGGUUGGAGAAGAAAGGGAAGAAGGUGUCUCGGAGAGAUGGACCACUGCGGUGGCGUGGGCACUUAGCUACAGUCCUUCCCCCGGUCCGCCGUCAGGAGGCGCUCUUGCGCGGCCUCCAGACCCACGGCCGCAGCUCCGCACGGCGACGCUCUAGUCGCUGUUUCUCUAAGGCAGGAGGAGCGGUUUGCAGCCGCAAGGCCUCGCCUCGCAUCGCGCAGCCUGCCAGCGUCGGUCAUGACGCGGCUCCCAAAGCUGGUGGUUUUCGAUCUGGAUUACACGCUCUGGCCGUUCUGGGUGGAUACGCACGUAGACCCCCCGUUCCACAAGGGCAGCGACGGGGCCGUCCGGGAUAGGCGGGGCCAGACAGUCCGACUGUAUCCAGAGGUGCGUGACGUCCUGGAAAGGCUGCAGGGCCUUGAGGUACCCGUCGCGGCCGCUUCACGAACAGGGGAGAUUGAAGGGGCCAACCAGCUACUGGAGCUCUUUGACCUUGACAGAUACUUUGUUCAUCGGGAAAUCUACCCAGGCAGCAAGGUCACCCACUUUGAGAGGUUGCAGCAGAAGACAGGAGUUGUCUUCUCCCAGAUGAUCUUCUUUGAUGACGAGAAGCGGAAUAUCCUAGACGUCAGCAAACUGGGUACAGAGUGGAGUUACCUGCAUUCAUGUCCAGAAUGGAAUGAAUCUUCAAACCCUAAGUCAGGGACUGGAGACGUUUGCAAAGGCCCAAGCUGGGCCCUGAGGUCCAGUCCUGUGGAUGAGCCUCAUUUGAAGCAUAAAACUGAAAGGAAAUCAUGAAGGCAUUUUCAGGUGUAUUUGUAAAUUAUUAAAGUAUGUUUGUGUGUGACA